AUGUCACCACCCGCCUACACUUAUCCCCCUCCUCCGGCUUCUACCAGACAUUACUCUGCCCACGGUACCAGCAGUGCCUUCAGCAGCUCCGCGCUUCCUGACGAAGAUUGGACCAAGAUCUCAGACCUUGCUGAACGCCGGAGGAUACAAAACCGGAUUGCCCAGCGCAACUACCGCAAGAAGCUCAAGCGCCGCCUGGAAGACCUCGAGCGCCGAGCCGGUUCAUCUGAUGACGGCGAGACGGAAAAGAAGCCUCAGUCAAACAACCCUAGCAAAUCAAAACGCCAGUCGACUUCCAAGACGACAAAGCCAUCCCCUCCCGCACCCACUGCCAAACCUAUUCAAGUUUCUCAAGGCCAAUUCACUCCUCCCAUGGAGAAUAACGAGGAAAUGGUGGUCUUCUCAGCAGGAUUUGAGAAGCGCGAGCGCUCAAACACUCCGCCGCUGUUCGCGUACCCGUCAUACCCUGCCCCAGAUGAGCUGUUGUUGGAUCCUUAUGCUUCGGCGCAACCCUACCCUUCUAUCUCAGCUGCUGAUCCCUACCCUCACUACCUGGCGGCUACCACGAUGCCAGCAACUCUGCCAGCCAUGACCAACUAUCCCGAUAUAAAGCAAUGCGACGACGGUUUGAGCCCAUACCUCAAUUACAGCUUCGUUUCUGGCGUCGACAUUAAUAUGUCGAGUCAUUACGAUUCCUCCUCUGCUCAUGUGAGUUUCACGAGGCAGCAUCUCACUGUCCAUUCAGACACGCCUUGCUGA